UUCCACAUGUCUGCUGAUGUGCUGGUGAUAUGUUUUACUUAAUACAUCCAUGGACGCGCCGGGUUAGGGUUAUUUGAUGUCGUAACCAUAAUUGUUGAGUAAUCGGUGGUAAUAGGGUGUUUACUGGUGUGUAUCCUUUACACGGUGUUAUUGUGGAGCAGUUCGACAGCUACCAGUUUAAUUUACUCAAGACUCAAACUGGUGUAGCGGCUAACCUUUGCUAGCAAGUACCUGGCUAACAAGCUAACAUUAGCUAACGUGGAAGGCUAGAUACGUUCUUCUAUAAACGUAAAAAUGGGAGAGGAAGUCAACGACAACGUAAAAAACACAGACUGUGCACUUGGCAGCAACCGGGUUGAGGAAAACGGCGAAACAGUAGAUGAUGGUAUGAAGUAUUACACUUUAGAAGAAAUAAGAGUACAUAAUAUGAGCAAUGACACAUGGCUCAUCAUCCACGACAAAGUAUACGACAUCACAAGUUUUCUUGAAGAGCAUCCAGGUGGUGAGGAGGUUUUACUGGAACAAGCCGGUGCAGAUGCUACAGAGAGCUUUGAGGAUGUGGGUCAUUCCACAGAUGCCAGGGAGAUGCUUCAGCAGUACUACGUAGGGGAGUUACAUAUGGAUGACAGGAAAAAAGCCAGUGCAAAGGAAGAAAAUGUCACAAAUUCAGGAGAAUCCAGCUCCUAUACCACCUGGUUGAUACCUGCAGUUGUUGCAGCGGUCAUUGGCAUCAUUUAUCGUUACUUUGUGUAUGAACACAAGUCUUCUUGAGUGCUGAAAUUCCAUUUCCAUCCCAUUGUUUUCAUCCGGAGGCCUUGAAAUGUUGACCAAAACCUCCACACAUCAAACGCACAUUUGAGUGUCCAUGCCUUUGCAGCGAGAAUACAAGAGGAGCCGUUUUGUAAAUUACCUUUGUCUUUGUCACUCUAUGUAGAGUGUACCAAAUAGCCAGCGCAGCAGUCUUUAUCAACGUUUUAUUUUCUUUUUCUUUGUAUGUCAUUGUCUCCAUGCCUGUUGCUAUAAUUGUUAUUUUGUGUCUUAUAACUUUUAUAUCAUAUGCAUUUGACCCAGUUUGGUCUCUUUAUAUUAAUUGUUUAUGCCACCAACAGGCUUUUGCUACCUGUUAGAUCGUUCAUCAUCUUUGCACAGAUGGACUAAAACUGCAACACAAAGACAGAUCUGUUACUAUGGACAAUUGAUGUUGAAACCUCUGUAAUGGUUUACAGCAACCAUUGUACUUUAUACACUGAAUUCAGAUUUCUAAUGUGUUUUCUAAAAUGGAGUAGAAUCAGACCAACCAGCAUUGUUAAAGUCUCAGUUUAUGUCAUGCAGGGCUUAUUGCACCAGUUUGGAAUAAAGCAAAGCUGCAAGGGUGGAACUAAUGAUUAUUGUCUAUAUAAAGUAAUCUGCUGACUAUAUUUAUCACUAAGCAGUGUGUCAUUUAUUCUGUAAAAUUGCAGAAAGUUACAGAAAAAAUAUAAUUCCCAUACCGCCCAUGGUAAUGUAUUCAAAUAUUUUCAACUUUUAGUGCAAAACUUAAUAUUCCAUUAAUCAGAGCAAAACAAUAACAAUCAUUAUAUUCUCAUAUUUGAGAAGUUGAAAAGUGCAAAUAUUUUGGUAUGAUAAGUAGUUCAAAGUAAUUGCAUGUCUGAUAAUUUAUUGACUAAUCACUCCAGCACUAUGUCAUUGCAUUUAUAACUUGGUUCUAAAGAAGUCAAAGGUUUUGUGUCUAUUCAUUUUCAGAAUUAUAUUGUGUCAGAUUGUGAUUAUUUAAGUUAGAGUGUGUUCAGUCUUUCCCGUUUGUGUUAACAUAUUGCCUGAUCCAUAGAUGAAUAUUAACUUAUGUACUAUGCUAGAAACAAUAUUUUAUUAUCAGGAUAUAGAUGAAAGUGAAUUAUGGAGGUGAUGGAGGAGAACCCUGUUGAUCUGUUUUUUUUUUCUUAAUCGUGUUCCUCACUAUGCCAUUUGUUAUUUAACUGAUGCGUUUUCAUAACUUUGUGUAAUUGUACGUCUGCAUCUUGGGUUUGGAUGGAUAGAACUGGCAGCUGUUCACUGGAGGGUUUGUGUUCAACUCAAUGAAGUCCAGAGUGGUGUUUUUUGUUUUUUUUUUGUUCGGCCACUGUGUGGAAACAAGGUUUGUCGUUUGAGUUAUAGAUUCAAAUUUACAAUUCAACUUUCUUUCAAGUCUUUCAGUUUAUAGAUCAGAGGUCGUACAUACAGACAGAUACUGACAUUAUUUUACUGUGUAUGAGGGAAAACUUUAUACAGCUAUAAGAUCCUAAAAACUGCCUUCUGUCACUUCACAUGAGAACACAAUUUUGGAGGAUAACUUGCUGCUAUUUUACAUGUCAUUGCAAUGUUCUGUUCUUUUCAACUGCCAUGUCAUCAGAAAUCUCUUUGAAUAAACUGAAACUUGAAAAUA